AUGGAGCGGCUCUUGAUGUCCGGCCGUCACUGGCGUCGAUAUGGACAUCCAUCUCGCUUCACCGGUAUCUGCACAUCCUUUCCAUUGCUUAUUGGAUUACGUCAUUAUCUUCGUGCCAAGCCGUUGCCAUCUCCGUCCCGGAUGAUUGUAGCCGAUUUGCUGGAAAUAUCCAAACAAUUUCGCAGUAAACAGACGAAUUAUAUCCAGGAAGAUGAACCAUUAGAUGAAGCUGUAAAAUGUCUGGCACAGAAUGAGAACUCAGCGACGCUCGUGGUGGUUGACAAGAAGCAUCACGUCGUGGGGUUGAUUACUAAUCGCUUGGCAUUGCAAAAGGUAGUACGGAUGCGGUCAACGACUAGCAACAGGACGGACUGGAACGUAAAGGUAUCAGAGGUAGCGAUACCUGCAAGAAAAAUGCUUUUUGUGUCGCCUGAAGACUCACUGGAAGAUUGUCGAGCAGUGAUGGCGUUAUCAAGUGUUGGGGAACUGCCAGUAAUAAAAGGAAGCAAAUUGAUGGGCACAGUGUCAUUAACAGAUAUUGCAUCGCUAAUUCAUCGUCAUGAUGCUCAGCUGAAUCCUGAUCCUACAAGCGCCAAGUCGGACUACAUCAACCUUAUCCUGCCACGCAAGGGGUUACCUGCCAAUACGUCUCUCGACAAGACUGUUGUUCACAGCAAGAGCAUCCACCCAAACAAUUGGACGUACUAUCUGCACUCAUUCGCCAAGUCAAUUCCACAUCCACAGAAAAAAGAUACAGGUGGAGAAGAUGCUUUCUUUUUGGGGGUUGUGCCUCACGGAGAAGAAGAAGGCAAUAUAGCACCUCUUGCACCGGAAGAUCGACCCAUUGAUCUUGUGUCAACGGUAACUCAUGGCACACAGGGACCGGCGGAUGUACUGGCAAUGGGAAUUGCGGAUGGUGUAGGCUCGUGGUUCGAAAAAGGGAUAAGUGCACGGCGGUAUGCGGAAGAACUUAUGGUUGCUGCACAUCAGGCAGUACAAAUGUCGUACGCGAAGGAUCACGACAUUGAGCCUUCAGAAAUCCUGCACGCUGCUUGGUCCACAGUGCUUCAGAAUGAAAUCAUUGGCAGCUCGACUGCUUGUGUGCUAGCGCUGGAUCCUGAACAAGGAGAACUCCACAGCAUUAAUUUGGGAGACUCUGGGUUUCUGAUUAUUCGCGACAAAGCCUCGGAUCUUGAGACUGCACGAUUACGUGGUACGCUGGACGGCUCGCUUACGCGUAAGAUUACAGACAGCGAACUGGAUCUCACACCUGCAGGAAGACGAAAGGGAGCCCAUGUUACAUACCGCUCACCACAGCAGCUGCACUACUUCAAUUGCCCCUUUCAAUUGGGUUUCGCAAGUGCCGACCUCGUGAGUACUGUCGCAGAAGACUUGGCUCGCGGAACGCAGUCACAUAUGCGCGAGAAACCACUUUUCGAAACCCCAGAGAAUGGAAUGAGACUGCGGGUGCCUGUGCUUGAAGGAGAUCUUAUUAUUCUUGCCACCGAUGGACUUUUUGACAACGUCGACGAGGAAGAUCUCCUUGAGAUCGUGCGUACUGAACCCGAUCUUGAGACCAUGACGCGCAAGCUUGUACAGAAAGCUUAUGACUUGUCUCUUGACCGUACACGCGACUCGCCCUUCGCUCGCCUUGCCAAGGAAAACGACUUGUUGUGGGGUGGUGUAGAAGCCGAGGUCAUCUAUUAG